UCCAGAUUGUAUUUCGUCCACCUCUUUUUCACCUACGACAUUCACGCGUGCGACACAGUUGACUAUGUCUGAGUCAGUCCCCAAGGCGUCGCUUUACUACUUUCCACCGUCCAUAUGGUGCAGCGCAGUACUUCUCGCUCUGCAGGAGAAAGGAUAUGCGGAAGACGAGGUCGACUUGAAGUCGGUUGAUCUGUCAAAGGGAGAGAACUACGCUCUGGCAUUUCUAAGGCUCAAUCCUAAAGCGACCGUCCCGACCCUCGUCGUUCCCUUUGAGAAGACUUUGUCCGCAGACUCGGAGAGCAGAUACAAGGCCCUGACAGACACCAAGGCCAUAAUCGAGUUUCUUGACAAGUCUCGUUCAGCGAUCUCGCGGACCAAUACCACCUCUUCCGCGCCAGCGCCAGCGCUGGCCCCGGCCACCAUUGCCUUUACGGCGAUUUCGAACAAUAUCAUCGAGCUGCUGCACUCCGACGAGGGGUCUCCGAAUGCUGCCAAAUGGUAUAAUGCCAGGGACGAGACGUCACUGCAGGAGCUCUCAAAGUCUCUCGGACCAUUCUUCGCGGCCAAGCGAGACGCCAUUGCUUUUAACAUCGCGGAGAGCGAGAAGGGCGCAGUCCAGGCGUCUACGAAGACGAAGAAGUUCUGGGAAGAUAAGAAAGCUGGCAUAGCCGAGUUGGCUGAGGUAUUCGCAGACGCCGGCAAGUCCGAGAGCGAACUGAGUCCCGAGGGUAAGAGCAAACGGGCGGAGUAUUUCAAGAAUGCCAAGAAGUUGUGGGAGACUGAUUUGAAAGCCGUCUUGACGAGAGUGAACAAAGAGAUGCUGGGCCCGUUUGCGCUAGGUGAUCAACUGUCCCUCGCGGACAUGCAUCUAGCUGCAUGGCUUGCGCGGCUCGUCUCCCUUGCUGGUGGGAACGUCUCCGACAAAGGAGACGGUGCAAUCAGCAAGCUGGAGAAUCACAUCGGCAAUGGGUUUGUGUUGCCGAAGGAUUUCCAGUGGAACCCACCACAGCGCGACGGCUCGGAAGUCCAGCCAGUCACGCAGAGUAAACUGGCUGCGUUCUGGGAUGCUGUGAAGGAAAGGCCCAGUUGGAAGAAGGUUUAUGCUGAUGGAUUGCACUAGACGAACAGCCUAUGGUCGACAAGGGGGCGAGAGGCGAUGAAGUUGAAUCAGGCUUUGUACUAUCCAUGUGUUUAAAUAGUGAACAAACAUGGCAUAUUUCUGUCGAG